AUGACUACUAUCGAAUUAACCGGACGAGAUCGCCGCCAGGUCGAGCAUGUCGAUGCCGCGGUUGACGCCGCGAGCCACGCAUACCAGACGAUCUGGAAACACACACAAGCGGCGACCGGACAGAUGCUGCUGAGUCGACUUGCGGAGUUGAUUGAGCGUGAAGCCCAUACGUUUGCUACGAUCCAUUCCGUAGAUGGCGGGAUGGCGUACGAGGAUGUGAAAUUAUUCGAUGUUCCUCAGGCGUGUGAGACGCUGAGAUACUUUGCUAGUGCGCAGAGAGCAAUGUACGAGCGGUCGACAACCCUUAUGGAAGGGGGAUUGUUAGGAAAGAGCCUAUUGGGGUCUGUGCAGCGAUUGUGCCGUGGAAUGCGCCGUUGUGAGUUUCCUUUUUACCUUGACUCUCUAGCGGAAGGAAGCACCCUCAUCGUUAAAUCGCCUGAAUUUACUCCCUUAUAUGGACAGAAGCUGGGGCAACUGGUCACCGAGGCCGGCUUCGGGUGUGAAAGGCCGCAUUCACCGGCAGCACAGCCACUGGACGCAGCAUACUCCGUGCCGCGGCAGCAUCGAACCUUAAAGAGGGUGACGCUAGGGUUAGGAGGGAAGAGCCCGUCCAUCGUUUUUGAAGACGCGAAUCUUGAGAACGCACUAUUCUGGGUGUCUGCUGGAUCCAGCGCGAAUAAUGGCCAGGUUUAUGCUCUCGGCUCUCGAAUCUAUGUGCAAGAUUCCAUAUAUGAUAAGUUCGUCCAAGGUCUGGCUGCGCACUCAUACCAAAAGCCUGCGGUGAUGGGUGAUCCUCUGCAGAAUGGCGUCACUAAGGGCCCCAUUGUCAACAAACAGCAGUAUGAACGGAUCCUGUCGUAUAUGGAGAAGGGACGACAGGAGGAUGCUAGAACUAUCAUUGGGGGAUCCGGCAAAACGCAGGGAUCAAGCGGGUUCGUCGAGAAUACUAUUUUUGCUGACGUAGCAGAGGAUUCUACGAUUGUGAAAGAGGAGGUCUUCGGACCAGUUGCAACGGUGCAUCGAUUUUCGACCGAGGAGGAGGUCAUUGCCAAAGCCAAUGACAUCGAAUAUGGACUAAGUGCGGCGGUCUUCACAGAAAAUGUUCAUCGGGCCGAUCGAGUGGCCGCUGCUCUGGAAUCGGGACAGAGCGGAUUCGGUCGGGACCUGGGUAAAGAAGCGUUGGAAUCAUGGCUGUCGGUCAAGUCUGUUAAGUAUUGGUCUCCCAAUGAGAAGGCGAACUUGUAA